ACCGAUGGGAUGAGGAGCGGGGAGGGGGCUGAUAGUCGAACCAGCGGUGAGAGAGUUUUGGUGUUGGUCGUGGGGGGAGUUGUUGAAACACUGAGAGACGACGUCGAGAGAGACACGGCAGGCACAGGCAGACACACACACACAUAGACACGCGCACGUUCGUGUAGAGAGACAAGGCCCCCCGCCAGAGAGAGAGGGAGAGGAGAGAGAGAGAGCGGCUGACUUGCGGUGACGAAGCGAGAGAGAUAUUUCGACCAGCGGAAGCGCAGGAGGGGACGUGGAGUUCGCUUCUCAGGCGGAGGACAAGCCGGAGACAGGGGGUGGUGGUGGGGGUGUCUCAACCCGGGGACUCCCGGCCUGAAGAAGAAGAUGAUGGAGACGCUGGGACACGGCGACUCGCAACAGAUGGACCAAAUAGAGAUCCUGUGGAAGCAGGAUGUGGACCUGGGCGCUGGGCGGGAGGUCUUCGACGUGGCGCUGCGCCGAAAGGAGCUGGAGCACGAGCUGUUCAAGAAGCGUGAGCACGAGCGCCUCGAGCAGGUGGCCUUCGAGGAGGAGAAGGCGCGGCUCGCCUGCUUCGAGGUGGACGGGGAGACGGGCGAGUACGUGCCCGUGCAGCGCGGGGGGAACCCGCCGCCCAAGCUCGAGGAAGAGUCCGCCUUGACGCGAGGGGUCAAGGAUUCUGCAAUACCAGGAGGCGAACAGGCACCACUCAGCUUUGACGAGUGCUUGAAGAUUCUGGAAGAAAACUUCAACUUUGACACCACUCCUGAGGUUCCUGCCCUCCCUGAUGUCACGGGCCCCAUGGCGAUGGGCGAACCUGUGCCAUGCGUGCCAGUGCUGGCCCCGGACAAAAUGGCCGCUCCGCCUGCCCAAUGCCAACCGCUCGACCUGGAGCAGCGGUGGCAGGAGAUCCUCUCGCUACCAGACUUCCAGGUUUUGGACAUGCACGUGGUUGAUCUCGAACCUUCGCUCUACGCUGGCAUAGAAAGCCAGCCAGCCUUGGAUGUUCUGGAGAGCUGCCCGGCACUCUGCUGUGAUAGCACUGCCACUGCAGUUCCUGCACAGGACUUUAACUCCACGUACGACACAAUGGGCAGCAACUUGCCCAACGCAGAAAAUUCCUGCCCUGCAUUUUACAGUCUCGAGCAGGUUAGCACAUCACAUAUUUACCCACCGUUCGACUCUGGCAUGCUCCUACCAUCCAUUCCGUCAACUUAUGCCCCCGUCAGCAAUGCCGCAGUCCAAGCCAGCAACAAUUUAGCACACAGUGAGUUAAAUGAAUUACUAGGGUCCACAGUCCUUACCAGCCUUGGUUCAGUGGAAGUCCCCAUCGAUUCAGAAGCUAAUUAUUGCGGUAUGGAUCUGCCAGAAAGUAAAUAUGGAAUCGUGAAGGUAACGGCAGGGAACAGCAGAAUUCCGCUGAAUCUCCCUCCACGGGAAAGCAUCCCUGGAAGUAGUGACGUGGGUAAAAUAGAGAUUUUCAGACCUAGCAGCAGCUUCCUAGCGUUUGAGUCGACGGCCGCUCUUGAUGAGCACGACUCAGACUCUGGGAUGUCCACGGGCUCGAGCCCUCACGGCUCUCACGGCUCACACUACCAAGCCCUAUUCAGGGACGAGGAUGACGAGUUCAGUGAUGAAGAUGAUCUGGAUGAAAUGGAAAGUGUCAGCGGAGAGAGGCACACGUACAGCCAGGAGGAAGACGGGUCGGCUUUUCUAGACGAGGCACAUUACAGCUCCUCGUCGCCAGGGAACGACGAGAAGCAGCGGCGUAAUCCGAGCGGCAAGAAGUCAAAGCUGAGCCGCUCCGACCCCGCAGCCAGCGACGGCUCCGCAAAGCGCCCGGUUGCGCGGGACAAAAGCGGCUGCUACCCAACCUCGAAGGGCGGCGGCCGCCUGUCGCGCGACGAGCGCAAAGCCCAGUCCCUGAAGAUCCCCUUCUCGGUGGCCGACAUAGUCAACCUCCCCGUGGACGACUUUGUCGGCCUGCUGUCGCGGCACCAGCUCAACGACUCGCAGCUGGCCCUGGUGCGCGACAUCCGCCGGCGGGGCAAGAACAAGGUGGCGGCGCAGAACUGCCGCAAGCGCAAGAUGGAGGGCCUCUCGUCGCUCGAGGGCGAGCUGGACGGCCUGCUGGGCGAGCGCGAGCGGCUCAAGCGCGAGCGGGACCAGCUGAGUUCGGGCCUCGCCUCGGUGCGCCAGGGCCUGGAGCAGAUGCAGCGGCAGGUGUUCGAGUCGCUGCGCGACGAUGCCGGGCAGCCGUACUCGCCGUCCAAGUACUUCCUCGAGUACGCCAGCAACGGCACCAUCUUCCUCGUGCCCAGGCACCCGAGCCACGUCGUCCGGCCCGUGGAAGCGCUCAGAGUGCAGAAGUAGAGUUCUUAGUUGCUCACUCGCCGUUAUAUAUAAAACAAAAACUAUACUGCUGAAGAGUGCUUAAAGCGUAGCUGCUUGUCGUCACACAAACCGACGUCGUCUAUAUACCGACAAUGUUCAGUUUUCCCUUUUACUGCAGUGCUUAAUGAUGUUGGAUAAGUGAUUGUAAGUGUGUUUUGUACGAGCUGAUGUGUCGAUAAGAACCCGGUACGGGUGAAGAGAUUGUGUAGGUCAACUUUAGAAUAUCGUAUCGCAUCAUGUGCGAACAUGAAAAAGAGGUCCAAGUUCAGACAUCACCAAAAACAAGUUUGACCCCCCUGUCCUGUGGUGUUCUGUGCGACCGCACGAGUCACUGUACAGAUAGGGUCAACAGGGUUAGCGUGUACUGAUCUUCCAUAAGGAGGAUGAAGCCAAUAUACAAAUACCACGUUGCACAGCUAAUCGUGUUAUGAUGGCAAUUGUUGCAAGAGUUCAUGUUGGUGACUUCCAAGUUGCCAUCCUUGUGCAACUUGUAGUUGAGGCUGCAAAGGGUUCAGUAAUCAAGUUCCUCAGCCUAAACGCGUGCCACUCACAGUUAUGAGAGUCAACACAAGCGUUUGUCCACUGCUUAUUUGCUAAAAUGGCAACAUGUGGACUUCUGCUGAAGAACACUGUGGAUUUAAAUAGCAUCAAAGUAUACGUCCUUAAAAUUUUUAACUGCCUUCUAUAACAAAUGUCUGUGCCUUUAGUGUAAUCGAAAUUAAACUGGUUUGGCUUGCUCAUCCUUUCAAUCGGAUCAUGUUUUGGAACUUAAGGUCUAAGAUUAACAGAUUUGUGUUCACAAUUAAGUUUUAACGUUUUUGUUUUAUUUAUGUUAUACUUGAUCACAAAUCAGCAUCUGUGGUGGACCAACUGGGUCUGUGAUUUUUUUAAACUCUACUUAAGUGCCAGUAGUUGUAUUCCUCUGGAGUCUAAAGCAUGCUUUUAUUUUAUUGGGGGCAUGGCCAGGAGGGUCUGUCAAGAAUGAGCAAGAAAGGGAAGCGUCAGUCUACACACUCGAGGCUUUUGGUGCAAAAUGCCAAGAUGUGCACAUAAUGUAUGUUGAACUUCUUUUUCACCGUACGUAGCCAACCGUGCUAAUCUGAGCUGCGGGGGGAAGGACAACACACUAAACACACAAAAAAACACUUAUAUCAUUAAAUGAGUUUUCAAUUUAGAUUUAAAAUUGGUGAGCUCCAGUUGCUUCCUAAUAUCGGAAGGAAGAAGAGCGUUCCAGACGGCCGCAGCAGAAGCGCGUCUGAAAGCGCGCGAUGCAGCGAACGUUCUUGGUCGAUGGCUAGCCAAAAGGCGCUGCUGCGAGGAUGAUCGGAGUUUGCGUGAUGAUGGUUUAUGCACCUUGCAGCAACCUCCAGAGGCUCGCAGAACACAGUGUAGUCAGAUGCACAUGGGUUUUUUGCUGGCUGGCUGUGCCCUCCUACAUGUAGAAAGCUCUUAAGUCGUUUUUGUGUUGCGUUUAAUUCUCAUUGUUAAUCUUUUUUUUUCUAUGCGGUGGUGUUUAAGUUUGCCGUAGACAUGUUAAUGUUUGGUUAAGGCUUCUUCUUGUACGGUGAUUCCAUGCAUUACAAUAAAGUCACACAGUUAUAAAAACGUGUGUUACCAACAUUCGAUUUCGAUAGUUUUUUUACAGGUUUUGUUGCGCAUAUAUUUUGUACUAAAAUGGCAGAUUAAUUCGCGUGAUUUUUUUACACAAAAUUGCAUAGAGUCAAAGCAUUUAACCCCAGGUUUAAGGAGUACAUUAUUCCCUCGUGUGCUAUGUAUUUCUUUAUUAAAUAUGUCUAUCUCUCGGCG